CAGAGUAGCCAAUCGCCGUUCAGUUGCCAGGAUUCGCGGCGCACAUUUAAAAGUAAAAUCAGGCCGUGGACUCAACAGAAUAGACCCAGCUGAAUCUCAACAGGCGAACACCUGCCAGCAAAAAACACCAUCAAUAAUCGACAAAUGGUCAGGGGUUAACCUUCCUGAAGAUGUGGGCGGGACAUCUUCGAUAACCACACCCCUCACCCCAGUGGCAGCCAACCACCUCAAGAGUGACACAACCCGACUGGACAAGAGCAGCCAAUCGACUGUAGGACAGGAUGCUGUACCUCCUGGCUCUAGGUUGCCUCUUCUUCCCUGGCCUCUUCCUGGUCCUGAAGCUGCUGCUCUGCCGGGCCCCCUUCAGGUCUGACAGGGAACAGCAUGCCACCAUGAUCGCCACCAGGUUGGUGUCGUCUAUCCAGGCUGUCAUGGCUGCUUCAGCUGGCCUCCUCAUCUCCUCCGCAUGCAGCCAAGACAUCAUGCACAACCAGCACUGGCUGACGCGUGCGUAUGUCCUCUUCGCGACGCCGUAUUUCGCCUACGACAUCGUGGCCAUGUUCCUGUGCCACCGCUGCAAGAUGGAGGUCAAAGGUCACCAGACCACGCCCCUGCGCUCUCUGAUUGGCUACCUGCAGCGGGAGUUCCUCAUGGUGGCGCACCACCUCGCCAUGGUGUUGAUCUGCUUCCCCGUCUCUGUGUUUAUGCGUGAGGGUAAGGGUGAUUAUUUUCAGGGCGUGAUGUUCCUGGCUGAGCUCAGCACUCCGUCAGUCUGUCUGCAGAAGAUACUCAUACAGUAUAACCAGCAGCAGUCGGUGCUGUACAAGGUGAACGGGGUGGUCAUGCUGGGGACUUUCUUCUGCUGCCGCGUGCUGCUAUUCCCAUACCUCUACUAUGCCUACAGCAGGUAUGCGGGUAUUCCCCUCUACAUGGUUCCCCUGAGUGUGUCGUGGCAGUGCAAUGCCGGCGCCUUCCUCUUGAUGGCGCCACAGGUCUACUGGUUUGGCCUGAUCUGCCGAGGAGCCCUCAGACUCUACACGCGCUCACACACACACGCCGACAAGCUCUCGCACACACAGUGCACGCUUCCACACACCCACGCACACUUAGCCCCUGCCAAUGGAUACAAGGGUCCUCAUGCACACACCCAGUGAGACACACACACACCCCCACACACACACACACACAAACACACACACACUGAAGCUAGCAGCGCUAGCAUAGAGUGCUCCAUAGAGGACUGAAUAGAACUGAACUAGAACUCUUAGCAACAGAGGAAGUAGAACCUGGAACUGAAGACCACAAACACACACAGAACAUCCGCUACACAACUGUAAAACACACACACAAACACACAUACACACACAGACACACACACACACACUCACACUCAAACGGAACAUCUGUUACAAGGAGGCAGUGCAAGGAAGAAAGGAUCAUCCCUACCCGUCCAAUCAAAUCAAUCAAAACCCGCCCUUGUCCCUACCUGACAAUCAAACUAAGCCCCGCCCACAUUCCAUACCUGUCCAUCCCAAAGUCCAGUCCACCUACCAACCUGUCAAUGAAACUAAACUAAACCACACCCACCAUAUUGCUGUCAAGCAAAUACAAACCACGCCCCCACACCACCAGGUCCGUCCUGCAGUCCUGAGUGACAGCUGUCAGAGGGGCAUCGAGAGAGACUCCUCCUUCCGACCUUAUCUUGACCUUGACAUCAGGAGUGCUUUCCCAUAUGUGGACUCCCGUUCUCGGCUCGUGCUUGUGGCCGCAUGUUUUGCUGACGCCCCGCCUGCGCUGAGAAAACAAAAAGUUCCCACGCUGUCAGCCUAUAGCCACAAUAUCUUUUGGGGGACUAUCAUUCAUUCAUAAUACCGACUGCAAAUGAGAAAAUGACAUUAGAAUUGCGCUUUUGCUCGAUAUUGAAAGACACUUCUGUCGUCAGUGACGUCUGUGAAAAAGAAAUUGUCAAAAUGCAAUACACAAACAGUCUUUGUGUGUUCGUUGAACUGUAGUUAUUUG